CUGGACACGAUAGUUUCCCACCGGGGAGCUGCUCCUCUGGGGCCGAGUCCCCGAGAAAGGCGUGGCUGGCUCUACCGCAGACGAUCCCCCCUGCGCCUCACCAGAUCACCGUCCAGAGGAGCUCCUCCGCCGGCUGCAAAGCGCCGGCUGACCGGUCCGACCCGGGCUGACCGGUGGAAGAUGGACGUGCAGAAGCAGGUGGUCAGCAGGCUGCGGGCAGCGUUCCAGGCCGGCGUCACUGCGCCGGAGGAGUUUCGGCGGGCACAGCUGACCCAGCUGGGGUCUAUGAUCCGAGACAACGAGGAGCAGAUUGUGGCGGCGCUGCACAGAGACCUGGGAAAGCCCAAGUUUGAGGCCAUCCUCUCUGAGGUGGACAUAGUGAUGAACGAGCUGCACCACGCCAUCUCCAACAUGUCGGGCUGGAUGCAGCCGGAGUACGUGCCCAAAAACCUGGCAACAAAGCUGGAUGACUGUUUUGUCCAGAGGGAACCUUUAGGGGUGGUUCUGAUCAUUGGGCCGUGGAAUUACCCUCUGCAGCUUCUCAUUGCCCCCAUGGUUGGAGCCAUCGCUGCAGGAAACUGUGUGGUCCUCAAGCCCUCAGAGAUCAGCUCUGCCACAGACAGUCUAGUGGCCGAUCUCAUCCCCAAGUAUCUGUCUCAGGUAAGCUGUGCCCGGUGGCAGAGACUAAGAGCAGGAGCCUCUCCCCCAGGAGAGAGGCUGGAGCUCAGCAACAGGCUAGUCCUGCCUCCACAGGACUGCUACGCAGUGGUCCGAGGAGGAGCAGAGGAGACCAAGGCCCUCCUGCAGAAUCGCUUUGACCACAUCUUCUACACAGGUAGGAGCCUGGGCCUGAUCCUGAUCCUGAUCCCGGAUCUGGGCCUCAUCUUCGAUCUGGGCCUGGAUCUGGGUCCGGGUCUGAUCUCGAUCCUGGGCCGU